AUGAACUGUCUCUAUUUAAUUAGAGGUGCUGCGGGUAAUACUCUUGCACAACCACAAUUUUCAAAUUCACCAAUAUGGAUGUUUGACAAUGAAUAUAGACCGUCAUUAGCAGAGAACUUGUUGAAAUUGAAUCGAUUAAUUACUACAAUAAAUAAUAUAAAUAGCAAUAUUGGCGAAAAUAGCAGUAAUAUUGAUCCAACAACAACAACAACAACAUCAACAGCAGAUAAUUUAGAAAUAAAAAAUGAAGCAAAUGAUGAUAUUGUUGGUAAUGAAAAUGUAAAUAACAAUAACCACAACAACCCAAAUAGUAACAAUAUAGAUCCUUCACCAACAAUAACACCCACUUCUAUUAACUCUCAACAGGAGAAUAACAAUAACAAUAAUAAUAAUAAUAAUAAUCAAAAUCAAUUAUUUAUUAAAGAAUUUUUAAAUGAUUUCACUACCAGAGUUCUCUGGUUUACAUACCGUCAAGGAUUUCCUUGCAUUGAUGACACAAUGUAUGAUAAUGAUUGUGGUUGGGGUUGCAUGCUUAGAUCUGGUCAAAUGUUAUUAUCAAAUGUAUUACUCCAUAAUAUACUUGGCGAUGAAUGGAAAAGAUCCUCAAGUGCAACUCAUCCAGAUAUUAUUUCAAUGUUUUUAGAUAAACCAUCGGCUCCAUUUUCUAUUCAUAACAUUGCCAUGGAGGGCCAAAACCUUGGAAAGAAUAUUGGUGAAUGGUUCGCACCAUCCAUCAUUUCUCAAACAAUAAAGAUUCUUGUCUCAAGAAAUUAUGAUCAAUGUAAUAUAUCAGUUUUCAUUUCAGAGGAUGGUUCAUUGUAUAUAGACCAACUUUUAAAUAUUUCUUCUAAAAAGAAAAAAACAUCAUCCACUGAACAACAACAAAAACAACAACAAAUAGAGUCAUCAACAGAUAAUGGUGAUGAUAAAAUUAAUGAUGAAAAACAUAAUGAAAAUGUGGAUAAGAAUAAUAUUGAUGAUAAUAAUAAUAAUAAUAAUAAUAAUAAUAAUAAUAAUAAUAAUAAUAAUAAUAAUAAUAAUAAUAUAAUAAAUGAUAGUAGCAAUGUGAAUGAAAAACAAGAUAAAAUUGAUGAUGAAAGUAAAGAUGAAAUAAGUGAAAACAACAACAAAGAUAAUGAUGAAACUUGGGAACCAUUAUUAAUUUUAAUUCCAAUGAGAUUAGGUUUGGAUGGAUUAAAUAGUAUUUAUCAUUCUUCAUUGUUAGAAAUCUUUAAGUUUCCUCAAAAUCUUGGUGUUGUUGGUGGAAAACCAAGAGCAUCACUUUAUUUUAUCGCUGCACAAGAUGAUAACUUAUUUUAUUUAGAUCCACAUACUGUUCAAAAUCAUAUAGAAGUUGAAAAUGGUUCUAAAUUCCCUUUAAAUACCUUCUUUUGUAGCACCACAAAGAGAACACAUGUUUCAGAAGUUGACCCAUCAUUGGUAGUUGCUUUCUUUUGCAAGACCAAAGAUGAUUUUAAUGAUUUUGUUGAAAGAUCAAAAAAGAUGACAUCUCAAAUGGAAAAUCCAAUUUUCUCAAUAUUUGAUAAUGAACCAGAUUAUGAUUCAAGUCGUGAUUAUGAAUAUGAAGAAAUUGAUGAAACUGGUGGUGAGACAUCUGACGAUAUAGAUAUCGAAGCUGACUAUCAUAUGAUGUAA